UCGCCUCCCUGCGGAACUUUCUCUCUGAGCAGGGACCCGGAGCCCCCUUCGCAGACCGGGCUGGGGGCGGCCCAGCCAGGGGGAAGGAGCCAAGCCCGCGGGCCCCUCGGAUGCACCGAGCCCACCUCCGCCAGCCGGGGGCUGCCCUGGGCCGGACCCCGCGCCCUGCCCCGGGACAAUGACGCAGCCCGUGUGCCGUGCCACCACCCUGCUGCUUCUCAUCGCCGUCCUCUCCUCCCCGCCGGUGCUCAGCGAGAGGGGGCACAAGAAGGUCGUCCACGUGUCAGAGGAUGAGAGCGGGGCCGUGGUCGUCCAGACAGCGCCAGGGAAGGUGGUCACCCACCGGGGCGGGACCAUCAUCCUCCCCUGCCGGUACCACUACGACGUGUCAGCCCACGACCCUGCCGAGAUCCGCCUCAAGUGGACCAAAGUGAUGGACCCGAUGUCUUUCGUGGACGUCUUCGUGGCCAUGGGGAAGGAGCGCAGGGCCUUUGGGAGUUACCGGGGGCGCACAGCGCUGCAGGAGGACGGGGCAGGGGACGCCUCCCUCAUCAUCCGCAACGUCACCCUGCAGGAUUACGGGCGGUAUGAGUGCGAGGUCACCGAUGAGCUGGAGGACGACACGGGCAUGGUGAAGCUGGAUCUGGAAGGAGUGAUCUUCCCGUACCACCCGCGCCUUGGCCGCUACACCCUCAACUUCCACGAGGCCCAGGAGGCGUGUCUGGCCCAGGACGGCAUCCUGGCCUCCUACGACCAGCUGCACAAGGCCUGGCUGGAGGGCAUGGACUGGUGCAACGCCGGCUGGCUGGAGGACGGCUCCGUGCAGUACCCCAUCUCCAGGCCCCGAGACGAGUGCGGCCGCAAAGACACCCCCGUCGGGGUCAGGACCUACGGGUACCGGCACAAGGACGACGAGCGCUACGACGCCUUCUGCUUCACGUCCAACCUGAACGGCAAAGUCUACUUCCUGAAGACCUACCGCAAGCUGAGCUACCCCGAGGCCCUCCAGGCCUGCAAGAAGAACGGCGCCAAGGUGGCCAAGGUGGGCCAGCUCUACGCUGCCUGGAAGACCCAGCUGCUGGACAAAUGUGAGGCGGGCUGGGUGGAGGAUGGCAGCAUUCGCUAUCCCAUCGUCAACCCCCGGGCACGCUGCGGGGGCCAGGAGCCCGGCGUCCGCAACUUGGGCUUCCCGGACAAGAAGUACAAGCUCUUCGGGGUCUACUGCUACAAGAAGGCCGGCGAGGGGUCCCCCAAGAAGGGCAGUGAGGGGUCCCCCAAGAAGGCCAGCGAGGGGUCCGCCAAGAAGGCCAGCGAGGGGUCCCCCAAGAAGGGCAGUGAGGGGUCCCCCAAGAAGGCCGGCGAGGGGCCCCCCAAGAAGGGCAGUGAGGGGCCCCCCAAGAAGGCCGGCGAGGGGUCCCCCAAGAAGGGCAGUGAGGGGUCCCCCAAGAAGGCUGGCGAGGGGCCCCCCAAGAAGGCCAGCGAGGGGUCCCCCAAGAAGGCCGGCGAGGGGCCCCCCAAGAAGGCCAGCGAGGAGCCGGGCAAGGGGAGGCCUCUCCAGGUGUAAGAGACAGUCGCGGUUGCUGUGCUGGGGACAGAACCAUCAGACGUGCAACCAUCAGACAAACGCCGCAGCUGGAGAGCUGCUACCAUAGUAACUACCCCCCCCAGCCAUCCCUUCUCACCUGGAGCCGGCUGAGCCCCAGGGAUCUGGCAUUUCUUGGCAACAGCAUCACAGGAAAUAGAAGGGAACCCCCCACCCUUAUCCCUUUCCAUAGCAGGCUGGGGCGGGGGGCUGUGGUAGAGGGGGAAGGGGGCUGGAGGGGGACCAUGCCAGCUUCAAUUCACUUGCUUUCUCCUGCAAACGGACAUCCAGCCUGUGCACUCGUAGGGGCAGCCCCUGCCCCCCUCGCUAACCCAACCUCCGGAUUCCUUCUUGGCUUCACGCUGCUGCGGCUAGUGCUUGGAAUCGAGUGUUUAGGCCUUUCUCUGCUUGCCGAGGGGGCAGGGCUGGGCCCAGGCUCCCCCAUGCCAAUGCCACGCUCCUGUCCGGGGCUGGGGGCUGUUCAGAUGUGCUGCACACCAGCAGCGCUAGGGUGGGUCCUGCUGAACCGGACAGGCCUUGCGCCCUGCUUCUCUGACGACUGUGGAGGAUGAAAACUCAGAGGGGGCGGAGGCUCAGAAGAUUAACGCCUGGGUCCAGCUGAGAGCCCUGGACGGGGAGCGGGUGGAUGAGUGCAAAGGGUCUGCUGGGGAUGGCACCGCCCGGUGGAGUUUACGGCCCAUUCCCUCCCCGCCCAUUCCUUGUCAGUGCUUCAGCUAACGGCACCGGAGCAAAAUCAACAGCUUCCCCUUGCUGCCUGGGAUCUACACAGCUCAGCACUGGUCAUGCUGACAAAGCUCCCUAAGGGACCAGACGCCACAUACCCAGCACCACAUUCAAUGCAAAGCCUUUGAAAUAAGCAGGGAUAGGCCCAGGCUCCCUGAAUCUACCCUCUGUAAGAGGCCAGGAAAGCAGGCACACCGAGAGCUGGUCUCUCUAACUGAAGCUUUUGUAUUGCAAAACCCCUCUGAGGUCUGUAUAAAACAUCUGGCUGAAUAAUCCCAUCUGCGGAGGUUAGUUUAAUAUUGUAACAAAUCCAUAGCCGUGUAGGGACUCUGCCAUGCUCUGCUACCUAAUCCAACUUUACAGUGACAACGGGGACAGAACUCUGACCCUCCCACUUCUAAAACACUUUGGGGUGAAGGAGAUCCCCCAUUAGCUCUAGACAGUACAGGGCAUAUGGUACUGAGUGGCACAGCUCAGAUUCCAUCCAGUGGGUGGCAGUGGUGCCACACCCACACCAGCCUGCUCAUCGCGAUAGUUAGGGUGAAUCGCCUUGCCUCUCCCCGCCACUGAGCACAUGAAGCUAGGCACUAUGGGAGAGCAGGAAUCCGGCCAAUCGGGCCUGGUUAAGCGCAAACAGGCACUGACCACUGCAGUAUGAAAUUGGGCUGCGGGCGCUUCGCCGUGAGGGGCAGUGUUUGUGGGUCCCCCAGGGCUGAUGCUUGCUGCUGUCCCUUAAACAAUCAAAGCACAGGUGGGGGGUUUUCUCCCUCCCGGCUAAAGAAAAAGGUGACUGGUCAGUCCCCUCAGCCACCACUGAAAUCAACACCAUGCAGGAUGGACUCAGAAAUGGGAGAGAAAUCUAGUGAGGGGGCGGAGCCAGAGAAAGGGGCGGGGACAGGGAAAGGGGGCGGGGAUUUGGCAUCCCCCUGCCCUGCAGAUGCGCGCUACCUCCCAGGACAGGGCAAGUGCCAGGGGUUGGACUCAGUCACCCUGGCAGCAUGUAGUGUGUUUCCCUGCUCGAGGCGCAGAGCCCGUCCCGGUGGCGGGGACCAUCUCGCCUCCCCCGAGGCAUGCAGUCCAUGUGCCGUCUCCCGCUCUCGCUACAACGCUGCAUCGCUCAGAGGCGCCGUGCGUGACUUCGUUUUCAGCUGCAUGCAUGGCCGGGCGAGGGACACCGCCAGUGACGGGAGGGAGGCCCUGGUCCCUCUGCUCUGAGUUUAGCAGCAGAGCUGACCAAGGUCUCAGUUCCCCCGACUUAAGGCCAGACUGCAACUGGGGACCGACCUGCAAGAGGCUCUCAGAGCCAGAGGUCACAGAUGGGCUCCCCAGAUCCGCCGGGGCCUCCCUUCUGGCCAGUGGGGGGUCGGUGGUGGUCGCUGAGCUCGUGAAAUAAAGGCUUGGCUGCUGAUUGAGAAUGAA